GGUUACUUGCAUGUAAGGGGUUACUGUUAACCCCUUUUCUUCAAAGUUUCUUCUUUUUUGUUCUCUUCUUUGAUUUGCACUGAAAACCCAAAUCAACGAUUAAAUCAUUUGAAUAACCGAACAAUUCCCAGUUUUUAAAAACCCUAAUUACCCAAUUUCCUAUGCGAAAUUCCACUCCUUAAUUUUUCAUUUCAAGUUUCAUUCUCCCCCUCUCCAAGAAAAACAAUGGAUUUACCUCAACCAUAAAAAACCCAGGCUCCAUAGCUCAAGAGGCUUUUAGAAAAGAAGAUUGUUUUAAGCUUUAUUUCCUGUUUCAAACGAAACCCAGAAUUCUUUAUUCAUCGAGGAAGCAUAUAUUUAAGGGGGAAAUGCCAAGCAUAGCCGUAAAAUUAUACAGUGUAUUCUUCAAGUUCCUCUUCAAGCAUCGUUUACAGAAUCGGAUCCAAACCCAUGUCGACGAAUCAUCCAAUCCGUACGGUGUCACUACCCGACCCGAAGAAUCCGUUUCCGCCGCCAACCCUUCUUUCACCGACGGUAUAGCCUCUAAGGAUAUCCACAUCGACCCUACUGCCACAGCCCUUUCGGUUCGGAUCUUCCUCCCUGAAUCGUCACUUUCCCCUCCCGAGCAACCCGAACCGAAAUCCAAGCCAAGGUCGUUCCAACGGGAUGACCGGAGGAAUAGUUAUCCUUAUAUCGGUGCCCCAAUUAAUGAUCCGAGAAGGUGCAGUUUUGAAGGGUUGAGUUUUAGAUCCGACAGUAAUGUCUAUCGAGGGUAUUCGCCAUUACCUCAAAAUAGUCGAAGAUUGCCGAUAAUAUUACAGUUUCACGGUGGCGGUUGGGUGAGUGGGAGCAAUGAAUCAGUUGCUAACGAUGUUUUUUGUCGGAGGAUAGCAAAAUUGUGUGAUGUUAUAGUUGUGGCGGUCGGUUAUAGGUUGGCGCCGGAGAAUAAGUAUCCGGCGGCUUUCGAGGAUGGAUUGAAGGUGUUGCAUUGGUUAGCGAAGCAAGCGAAUUUAGCUGAGUGUAGUAAGUCUAUGGGGAGUGGGGCACUUGGGGUUGGAGCAGAGUUUACUAAGGCUCAAGUUCAAAGGCAUAUUGUGGAUGCUUUUGGGGCGUCCAUGGUUGAGCCAUGGUUGGCUGCUCAUGGAGAUCCAUCAAGAUGUGUACUACUUGGAGUAAGUUGUGGAGGAAACAUUGCGGAUUAUGUGGCACGCAAAGCUGUCGAGGCUGGAGGGCUUCUGGAUCCUGUCAAGGUUGUAGCACAGGUCCUAAUGUACCCAUUCUUCGUCGGAAAUGUUCCCACACGGUCCGAAAUAAAUUUGGCAAACUCCUACUUCUAUGACAAGGCAAUGUGCUUACUUGCAUGGAAACUCUUUCUUCCCGAGGAAGAGUUCAGCCUCGACCACCCAGCUGCCAAUCCACUCAUCCCAGACAGGACCCCCCCUUUGAAGCUCAUACCCCCAACGCUGACAGUCGUAGCAGAACAUGACUGGAUGAGAGACCGAGCUAUUGCUUACUCGGAGACGCUACGGAAGGUAAAUGUCGAUGCACCUGUUCUUGAGUACAAGGAUGCGGUUCACGAAUUUGCAACACUAGACAUGCUUCUAAACACCCCUCAGGCUCAGGCCUGUGCCGAGGAUAUCGCCAUCUGGAUUAAGAAGUACAUCUCAUUGCGAGGUCACGAGUUCUCGUAUUAAGUGAAUGGUUUUAAAUGUAGAGAAAAAAAACUUGCGGCCAAGCAUCAUUUUCGUUUUCGGUCGAAAAAAGAGAGUGAUGCAAAUUUGCCAUACACAAGAUGGGGAUAAUAUAUUGCAUUUGUUCUUUCUUAUGAAUCCAUCAUCUAGCUUGUUUAUACCAUGUCCUGUUUUGUUCUUUCUGUAAGAUAACUGAAAAUAGAUUAGUGAGCUGGAAUUAGAAUGUACUAUUUCUCGUG